GUUUCAGUAUUGUUUAAGUCAACGGCAGGACGGCAGGAUCUGCCGUUUGUUAUGACGAGAGAGCUGUACAGUGAUUAAAAACUGUACAGCUUAUAUUAGAUUAACGUACAAUAGUUCAACGUGGAAACAGUUUUAACUGAAGGCGACAGCUACUCCCAGUGCUAACGUCAGCUGUCAUUUCAGACUUGACGACGAAUGAAACAACGAAGUGUUCCUUUAUGUCACUCGGCUGAAAUUAAUGCUCACUGGGGAAACGUCAGUGUUUUUGAAGAGGACAGAUAUGUGUCUUUUGGACUCGGACGUCUUGUCGAAGAGGACAUAUAAUACGGACUAACGUCUUGGGAUAAACAACAGUUCUCUGUUGACAUUUGUGAUGCAUCAAGAUUAAUGCUAACAUUGACUGUGCACUAGCUGGCAGAUGUUGGCUAGGCUUAUAGGUCGUUAUAACUUGUAUGUUUUAGAUAAAAACAGGUUAAAUUAUUCAGUAUCACCGAACCAGGUAACGAUAUCUACAUAUUAUUGUUAGCAUGUUUGCAGAGACUUACUCUGGGCAGCAGCUAUGACGCUAGGUGUAGCCACAGGGUUAUGUCACUGUCAGGCUAACAGAUAGCUCGGUGUCUGCUGCUGCCUCAGUCUUUGCACGGUCAUGUCCAGCAGGCUUGGCAUCAUGUAGACUGUCCCUCUGAACAGGUAAGGUGACCGGGGACACACAGAGUUAGUCCUCCUUGGAGAGUAAUGCAAAGCUGGAUUGCAGCUAUCCAACUAGGUCAAAGACUGACAGCUGGCACUGAUACAGUUUAGCUCAGAAUUGUUGCUAGCCAUGCUCAAAGCCUUCUGGUCUGUGUGAUAUUACAAACACUCCAACCUACUUAGAGGACAUACGAGUGCAUCAUGUCCUGACUGCUUUUCUUAUUUAUGCAAUAAAGCAUAUCGGAGCAACUUGUCAUGAAAUAAACUCGCAGUGCAAAAAAGCAGCGUCACCCGGACUGAGUGGAUAAUUUGCUCCAGGAUUGUUUUCUGAAGAGGAGGGCAACAUUCAAGGCUACCCACCAGUGCCCAGCAUCAGCUGAACCAUCACAAUGGAGACAGUAGGAGAUUUUGAGUACAGCAGAAAAGACCUGGUUGGUCAUGGAGCCUUUGCUGUGGUGUUCAAAGGAAGACACAGGAAGAAGACAGAUUGGGAAGUGGCCAUCAAGUGCAUUAAUAAGAAGAACCUGUCCAAGUCCCAGAUCCUUCUUGGCAAGGAAAUCAAAAUCCUGAAGGAGCUGCAGCAUGAAAACAUUGUGGCACUUUACGAUGUCCAGGAAACACCCAACUCUGUUUUCCUGGUGAUGGAGUACUGUAAUGGAGGUGAUCUUGCCGACUAUCUGCAAGCUAAGGGAACCCUAAGAGAAGAAACACUGAGGGUUUUCCUGCAGCAGAUUGCUGCUGCCAUGCGCAUCCUCAACAGCAAAGGAAUCAUCCACCGUGACCUGAAACCCCAGAAUAUCCUGCUGUCGUAUAUGGGCCGCAAGAAGUCCACUGUCAGUGGCAUUCGCAUCAAAAUAGCUGACUUUGGCUUUGCACGGUACCUCCAGAGCAACAUGAUGGCUGCCACACUAUGUGGCUCACCUAUGUACAUGGCCCCUGAGGUCAUCAUGUCCCAGAACUAUGAUGCCAAGGCUGACUUAUGGAGCAUAGGGACAGUCAUCUACCAGUGUCUGGUUGGAAAGCCACCAUUCCAGGCCAAUAGUCCCCAAGACCUGAGGAUGUUCUAUGAAAAGAACAAAAAUCUACAACCUAUCAUCCCAAGGGAGACUUCCCCACAACUUAGUGACCUUUUGCUUGGACUACUGCAGAGGAAUCAGAAAGAGAGGAUGGACUUUGACACUUUUUUCAGCCAUCCAUUCCUGGAGCCAUCAUCCACCAUUAAAAAAUCGUGUCCAGUGCCGGUCCCCAGCGCCUCCAACACAGUGACAGAUUGUUCCUGUGGCAGCUCUCCAUGCAUCCGUUACAAUUCUCCUCCUUCUCUGCCAGACAUGCAGACUCUGGCAGAAGAUGGUCUGUCAUCCCCUCCACUUGGUCCACCCAACUUCCUACAGCUGUCCAAAGAGUCUGCAGGAAGCACCAGCAGUAAGAACUCGUCCUGCGACACUGAUGAUUUUGUCCUGGUGCCUCAUAUCUCUACUGACAGCUAUGACCAGCCAAUGGGAGCAGGUCGCCGGCCAUCUAGCGAGUUCCUCAUGUGUGGAGGGCAACCGCAGCCCACCCCUGGACAGACCCCCAUGGUGUCCCCACGAGCCGAGACCACCCCCAUCCCUGUUCCCACCCAGGUCCGCAACUACCAGCGCAUCAAGCAAAAUCUCUCCAGCAGCCCAACUACUACACUCUACAGCUCCCCCAGGUCUGGCACAGUGAGGCGCUCUAACACCAGUCCUAUGGGGUUUCCCAAAGUAGGCUCAGGGUCCCCCAGCUCCGCAGAUGUCCCUCAGACAGUGGGGCGACGCCUUUCUACCGGCAGUUCCAGACCCUAUUCCCCCUCACCUCUUGUGGGCACCAUCCCUGAGCAGCUGGGUCACUGCUGCUGUCACCUGCAGAACCAUGAGCCUCGCAGCCGGAGCUCCUCAGGAGGUUCCCCCGUCCCAUCCUCUCAGCUCCUGGGGGCUCGGCUUCAGAGUGCCCCCACCCUGACAGAGGUAUACCAGACCAGACAGAAGCUCCACAAGCAGCUGUCAGAUCCUGUUCAGCCCUCAUCCUCCUGUUGUAGUCACUCCCCUCAACUCGGCCGACCGGCUAACCUCGGCUCUUCCCCCACCAAGUUGCUGGGCUCAUCACCCCGCACGUCUGACUGGCUGCAGAAGUCCCCGCUGCCCACCAUCAUUGGCUCUCCUACCAAGAUAAUUUCGGCACCGUUUAAGAUCCCCAAGACGCAGGCAUCCUGUAACCUGAUGGCGCUGGCAGACAGCCCUGUGCCCACCAAGACAUUAGCAGAUGUCCGGGAUAUCUGUGCCCACCACUGUAGCCCGUACCUUUCCGGACGACCCGCUGCCCCCGAGGCCAGUCGGACCUUUGGGAGGUCUGUUAGUACAGGACGUCUGUCUGAGCAGCCAAUCAGAAUUAAUCUGGGUGGACAGGCCUAUCAGGGCAGCACCGACAGCCUGAACACAGAGCGACCCAUGGACACAGCCCCUGCAGGUCCCAGUGGACUAGCUCAGGGUGGUUCAGCGAGUCCCCGUACUGUUCUUUUCACUGUGGGUUCUCCGCCCAACAGCAGCACUCCUCCCACUUGCAGCCAUCUGGGCACCCGACCACGCACCACCUCUGUGGGCUCCAACAGUUCGGCUGGCUCCCUGUGUUCCACCAGUGGGCGGAUCUAUGUCGGAUCUCCCCCAGGCAUGGCCAUGGGUUCCUCUCCUCCAGGAGGUUUUGGGGGUGGGCAAGUUGUCCCUGGGGCAGAGGGGGCACCCAGCAGUCUACGGUAUGUUCCCUAUGGAACCUCCCCUCCAAGCUUGGAAGGAUUCAUCACCUUCGAAGCCCCUGAACUGCCUGAGGAGACCCUCAUGGAGCGUGAGCAUACAGACACACUGAUGCACCUGCGGAUGAUGCUGUCCUUCACUGACUGUGUCCUGGAGAUGGCGGCAGUUCGAGCUGGAGGGACGGAGCUUGGUGUGUCGGCGGCCUCCCUCUACCCUCCACAGGACAGUGUGGUUGUGGACCAGAUCAGCCAGCUCAGCAAAGAGUGGGGGCAGGUGGAGCAGUUGGUGCUCUACAUGAAGGCAGCUCAGCUCCUGGCCUCCUCCCUCCAUCUGGCCAAGGCUCAGAUUAAAUCAGCCAAACUCAAUCCUUCCACUGCUGUCAAACAGGUGGUGAAGAAUUUAAAUGAGCGUUACAAAAGCUGCAUCUCCCUCUGCCGGCGGCUGACUGACAAACUCAACCACUUCUUCUCUGAUAAGCAGCGCUUUGUGGAUGAGAUCAACAGCGUCACUGCAGAGAAGCUCAUCUACAAUCAUGCUGUGGAGAUGGUUCAGUCUGCAGCUCUGGAUGAGAUGUUCAAACAGACGGAGGAUAUAGCCUACCGCUACAGCAAGGCCGCCAUGCUGCUGGAUGGCCUGUCCAAGAUCCUACAGGACCCCACUGACAUUGAGAAUGUGGUCAAAUACAAGGCCAGUGUGGACCGCAGGAUCUCAGCCCUCUGCUACUGCACUGUCACACUCUAUGAGUAGCAACCCUCACAUAAACACGCACACACACAGGGACCACAAUCUAAGACUAUUGACUACCACCUUAACAAAGACGCUGUUCCCUCCUGUAGCAGUUCAAGCACUUUUUAUUUGAUCUGUAUUUAUCAUCAGUUUUUUUUUUACUGGCUGCAUCACGGACUGAACUGUGACAAGCGACUGAUGCACAAAUUUACAACCAAAGACGACCACAGAUCCAGAGACAAAAGGCUGAAACCGGAUGACCUGAUGUCCAUCAUUUAGGAUAUUAUCUGUUUGUUACCAGACGAAGAAGAGGAUGGACAGGACUAUGAAACCAUGUUGUGUGCUUCAAGAGACUCAAGCUCCACAUGCAGCAGUUCAUCUGUUAAAACUCUGCUUACUAUGUGAUAUCAGUGGUUAUUUACUCUGUUUAAGUUGUUAUUGUUCUUAUUUAUUGGUUCAGAAGAACAUGGGUGUUUGAGUCUCCUGCCUACCUUGAAAACCUGAAGUAUUGGAGUGGAAGGAAAUGGAAGAAAUUAGCGGAAGGCUAACAGCCACUCACUGUAACCGAUCCAAGUCACAGACAACAUGAACAUUUACAUAAAACACAAACUCCUGUUACAGAAACUAGACAACCAAGAGGAACCUGUAGGUUUAUAUUUGCUUUGUUUUCAUUUUUACUGUGUUUUUAGCUCAAGCACUUUAUAGUGGAUUGUGAGGAGGAGACGUGGAUCUGUACAGGUUCUGAAGGUGGAAAUGUGAAGGCAAUGGGAGGAUGUUCUGACACCCACAAAACUUACCUGCUGUGUCCAGGAUCAAAACGUUGACUGCACACAUUUCCCAUAAGGCAGAGCAACCAGGGACAACAGGUCAGGGAAACAGUGCUGUCAGGCAGGACAGCUCACCUUUUUGGGGCAGUGUCUAUCAACUGGAUGAUUGACAGUAAAAAACAACCAAGAUGGUGUUAUCAGGGUCAUUACCUCGAUGAUGUCAUUGGCAUUAUCCCAACUUGGGCUUCAGACUUCAAAUAAACAAAAAAGUUCUCAACCAUUUUUAAAGAUACUUGCAGUUUGAGAAAUGAAAUAAGAACACAGGACACUGAUGGAGAGCACCUGUCACAUAUUUCCCUUGUUGCUCUGUUUUAUAGGACUGUAAUAGACCCAUGGUAACUUGUUGAUCGUUGCUCACACUGAGGAGGGGUUAAAGUGUGUUUGGGGUGACAGCGGCUCACUCUGCUCACAUCAUCACAUGCUCUGUAGUUUCAGAUAUUCAGAAGAAAACCAGAACUCAAGAACCAUUGCAGUGGUAGCAGGCCCUUUCCCUGUCAGCGGUCCAGUGUCAGGUGACCACUUUAAACCCUGAUGGAGUGGAUUGUGAAACUGAAUGGUCAUAUUACUUGACAGGUUACCUGGAUAAUAAGUUUCAUUUUACUAAAAAUACUACAGCUUUUUAUGUUUUGUCAGUAUCUGUAGCUAAUUUUUUAACAAAACUUGAUGUUUGCAAACUUGUAUAUAUUUGUAUGUGGUUCAUGCAAUGAUUCCUUUCUCCUUUUUUCAGGAGGGGUGUGUGUGUGUGCGCGCGUGUGUGAGAGAGAGAUCACAGUUUGCGUUUUGGGGUUGUCAGUGAUGACAUCAGACACCCUACCUGUCAGUCAAAGAGCACAAAUCUUUAUAUGUACAUAGAUAAAUUUGAUACAUUUUAUUCAUGUCUGCCAAGGGUUUGAUAGGAAACCUAUUUUGGCACAACAGGGGUGUGCCAAAGAACAAAAUAAAACUCGUGGCAGCUCCAAAUCUUUCCAGAAAACUCUUUCUACCAGGACUGUUCAUUGUUGAGAUCAAGACACAUAUUUGUUCAGUGGAUCUUACGAAAUUUUCUGAAAUAAGUGUGAUGUCUUCAGAUUUUGUGCUAAUUUCCCAAAAUUUUGUGAGACUUGAUUUGUCACAAUCUGCACUGCCUAGCAUCCACAGUCCCUCUGCCUCCCCUCAAGUUGUCUGCUGUCCUCCCAACAGUGUAUGUACUGUAUGUAUGUAUGAGUGUAUAUAAACACAUGUGCACUUGCCAGGUGUGCAUUAAGGCCAGUAGUAUACAGUUAAUGAUGGCAAAGGAGGUGCCUUCCUCUUGUGAAAACAGACAUAGGCCUACUCCUCUGUACAGGUGUGAAUAAAUUCUUUUUCCGUGUAAAAAGGUGUGUAAAUGCAUUCACAGGCACACAGUGGACUCUGGGCCUGUUUUCGGAUGUACUGUUCUUUUUUUAUAGACAUAUCUGGGUUUCAUUUUUCCUAAUCCACAUGAAGCCUUUCACUGCACACAGAGUGAAGAGGGAAAAAUAACGCUGAUAGAAACCCACCUGAAUCUCUGCUCUGUAAUAUUAUGUCCAUGGACUUGAUGAAAAUGGACACUUUUAGAUAAAGCAUGGGUACCGAGUCUGUAUGUUACCCCCGUAGAACCUCUAGAAUCUUGAAUGUAUGUACCCUGUUGUUUCGCGCCUCUCCAGCUUGAUCAGAAUGCAUUUUUAAAACCCUACUGUCAGUCACAACCCUGAAGAUGCAACACUUUGCAAGCACCGAUUUUUCAAAGAGAAAUGUUAACGUUAUACUUGUGUCUCUCACCGAGGGGUGUCUCUCUUUGUUCUUUAUGGAACUCAAAUACAGUCUUUGUUAUUAAAAGGAGAGAAAUUAAA